GGCUAGCCACCCUAGCUGGAGCAAGGUCGACUGUAAGGUUUGUUUCAGUUCAUGCUUAUCUUUUUGUGAGCUUCCAAACCAGUUCUUACAACAACGCUGCUUCUUUAGAAAGUGCCGAAAGCAAUGAGCUCGAGGAAACAGCAUGAGGAACACUUGGUGAGACGAGGGAUCCAUGACAGAAGGAGUAGUCAUCAUGAUGCUGACUUAACCAAUCCUUAUGAUGAAGCUGAAGACCAGACAGACAGGGCUGAGAAUGUGUCUACCGAUGAGGAGCCACUGAAGCAGGAGUCAGAUGUGCACAAGCCAUAUCGUACGGAGAAAAUAUAUCCUGAACUCCGAGACUAUAAAAGAAGGCUGUCUAUCCCCAGAACUCCUUCACCAUCGAGACGCAAGAAAGAGCCACCACUCCAGAACCAGAAGGCACUCUAUUAUUUUUGUAUAAUUUCUGUCAUCUGUGCACUCAUACUAGUUGUGCAGUACCGGUUCAGCGAACAGCCAGUGCAUGUGUCAUACGCUGAUAAGCGCCUUGGAACAUUGCGAGAACAUCUUCGUAAGCUCAAAGACAAUUUUGCAGCGCAGCCUGAAUAUAAUUGGCAGAUCAUACGUAGCUCUGUUAUGGAUAUGAUUAAUGACACUGGUGUUUAUACAGGUCCAGCUGUAAUCACGUUCCUCGCAUCUGUUAAGAAUGAACGUUUUGCAACAUGUCUUUCUCAACAGGUAGCAACUGCGUUGUCGUACACUUUUGAUGAUGGUGGAGACUAUGGAACUAUUGCUGCUGACGAGUUGUCAGUGUCUGAAGAUGUUGCAAGACACAUUAUUGAGAAUCGUUGCAAAGAAGUGGUAGAGAUGCGGCAACGGCACAUUAUAGUUGCGUCACACCUAGAACAGUGGAACCCUGAUGCAGCAAUGAUGCUGCAUCCCUUGUGUGACCAAGAAAAUGCUUUGUACAAAAAUGUGACAUACAUCCUAACAGUCUUCACAAGGCAUGAAGAUGUGUCUGGCCAAAGGGAGAGAAAAGAGUAUGAUCGUCUUGCUGAGAAUGCACUUAACAAUGCUUGGGAGUCUAUGGACACUAACCAGCGGCAUGCCAUCAUAAGUAGGGUGACUGGCAAUGUUGUGUUAGUACGAGAAGACUCUUCAUUAUGUGUAUCACCCAGCCAGAAAACUUUGCUGAAGCAAGUACCAUUUCCGAUCUGAUGACUGUGAUGACUUUUAAGCCUUGAAUGAAAUGUGAAAAGCUAGUGACAUACAGAGGAACAUCGGUGCGGCCUCUUUUGCUGCCGAGGAAAGUGCUCAUAGUGAAAUUCGGUAACAUUUUUCACGCACAUUUGAAGCAAGAAACACCCAAAAAACAUUUUCCUGCAUACCUGUUUAAAUACUCCAUGAUAACAUGCUAUAAUGAUCUCCCCAUUAAUGUGAGUUACCAGCUGAAGGGUUGCAUGGUGUAGUGGUGGCCAUUUCGCAGGACAUGAGAAAAAGUGAUGCUUUUCAUAUUGGGGGCCGUCUUCCCAUCCUCUCAGGUUGAAAUUUUUGCAUGGUGGCAGUUGCUGCAUAAGCCUAAUUUUGUGUGUUAUUUUGCCAAUUACAAAUUUGGUAAACAUACCUGCUGGCAAAAGCUGAAUUUGUAGUCACAAGGACCUUAUGGAUAGUAGCAUGCAAAUGUUAUGUUUUGACAAUAACCAGCAGGUGAAAGUUGGCUAGGCUGUUUUAUCCCCACAAAUGUGAAGUGUUUCAAUUUUACUUUUGUAAAUUUGUACAUAUAAGACGUGAUUAGCUAAUGUAAUUGCGGCAAAUUGUGUUUAAGUGUGCAACUGAUGCUGUUAAUGUAGCCGGUGAGGUGCUGAAUCGCUGUGCCAUUUAUUUGUACAAGCUGUGUCUAAGAAAUAUUAUUGUUCAGUAAAUAAUGCAAACUGUUAUUACAAGCACUCAAAGUUUGUCUCUUUCUUUUUUUUUUUAGCAUUUUGCAGCUUUGUUCUUGCUUUGGCCAUGUAUAUUUUGGUUUCUUGACAAGGUUCUUUGAUUUCGGUGGGAUGCUUUUAAUACUGCAUUAUAUGCUUUUGCAAAGGCACACUUCAAUAAAAAUAGUAACACCAGAAU